CCCCUCCUCCUCUCUCAUCAUUACGCAUUCGGUCUCUCUCAGAGCUCUGUUCAAGCGCAGCUCACUGCGCUCCAGACGCUCCACGCACCAGAGUGUAAUAGGAUAGGCAAAAAUAAUAGAAAAAAACAUUGUAUUGUUUUUUUGCAAUUCCACACUUGGAACGACAGAAAUCUACAUCUAUAUUCAAACAUUUGCAUACUUCAAAGCCUGCAUAAACCAACCGUGGCGCUCAAGUAUCUUCAAACAUGAGCAUCAUCUCGGAUGGCGGUGAUGUUCUUGAUGGAGAUAUGCGUGCUGACACUUCAUGACAAAAGAUACCCAACUCUAUUUUUCAGCGUCCGAUCAGCAGUGACAAAGAAGAGGAGAGAAGAGCGCAGGAUGAAAAGCACUGGCUUACUUCUGGGUUACUUUUUGAUGAAAGUUCUUGUGUGCGACGCGGAAGGAGAACCUGGGAAAAACCUGGAUGGUUUGGUGACGGCGUCGGGGUCCAACGACUCCAGAGACGGAGAGAACGGUCUCUCUGAGACCCCCCACACGGAGGACAGGUGUCGGGGCUAUUAUGAUGUGAUGGGUCAGUGGGAUCCUCCGUUCGUGUGCCGCACUGGUAGCUACCUGUACUGUUGCGGGACCUGUGGCUUCAGGUUCUGCUGCGAGUUUAAAAACUCAAGACUAGAUCAGACCACCUGUAAAAACUACGACACCCCGCCGUGGUCCAUGACGGGCAGACCACCGCCGAAGAUGAUGGACCAACACGAUUCGACUAAGGAUAAAACCAAUUUGAUUGUGUAUAUCAUAUGCGGAGUAGUUGCUAUCAUGGCGCUGGUUGGGAUAUUCACCAAACUUGGCUUGGAGAAGGCGCAUCGACCUCACAGAGAGAACAUGUCGAGAGCACUGGCCCAGGUGAUGCGCCAGACAGCUCCAGGAGAAGAUGUGGAGAGAGAGGAGAGCUUGGUGGUGCAUGGACAACACUACGAGAACAUGCAGGCCAGAGCAACAGGAAACAACCUGCCUGAAAAAGCGAACGAAAACUUCUACACUAACAGACGGCACCUAGCCGACCUGGCAGCGAAAGGCACUCUUCCCAUGCACUCGGUGAGUCUGGAGCAGGAGCCCACCAACCCUUACAGCCCCGAGCUGCCCUGCCAAAAGCAGAACGGACACAAGUCCAAAAGCACCAAGGUCCACAUCUCCCACCCGCUAGCUUUUGGCUCGAACACCAUCGCCAACCCUGGCAUGCUGAAGGGCUGGGAGACCACAGAAACGCUGGGCCGCCGGCACACGUACGCCCCCAAGAAGCACAGUGCCACCGUGGAGCAAGUGAACGAGCUGACAUCCGCCCACAGCCAGCACUUCCUGCCGCCACAUCCGUACUUUGUCACCAACAGCAAGACUGAGGUGACCGUGUGAACAGGGCCGCGACGCCAGUAUAUCGAGCACAGGCCUGAUUGGAUGCGUGGAUUGGAGAACAAGGAUAAUUAAGGAAGCCUGAUGGAGGAAGAAGUGUGGAUUAGGAUCCUGUCCUGCUGGAAGGAUUGUCCGAGCGGUCUGGCUCGAGAUCUGCAUGGCUGUAUGUGUGCUGUUGCUUUGGCGACAGGCGUGCACUGGGAACAUUUGAACGGGAAAACGUGGAACUCUUUCUUUGUCCAUUCCGGCAAAAACGAAUAAUCUGACCCGUAGUGAUGAGUUUGUCUCAAGGCCAUCCGUGAAAAAGUGAUGAGGACCCAUUCAAACCCUAAACAAUCAGUGCAAUCUAAAGUACUAGUUUAGAUGAUGUUUCGCAACAACCUGAAAGCUUGGGAGAACGUCGCUUAAGAAACACUAUCCUGUUUUUCUCAGAAUCUUGUAUAUAACAGAAUGGACGAAAAAAGUCAAAGGCUUCCUUGGAUCAUUAAAGACCAUCGAUCUGGAAGAUAAAAAAAAAUGAUGUGAGGACAAUCGCGUCUCACGUUCUUCUCAUCUCAACCCUCGAGACUUUCCAGAGCGUGUGCACCAAAAACCUCCUGUAGCAACCUAUAACAUCUAUAUCCUGACAAACACUGGGCUUGUGCCUUUCCAACAGAAGAACUCAUUAUAUGAGAGCUCUUGUGCUUUUCAGCGAGCACAUGGUGUUUCUUCAAUAACAAAGAUGCAUAAAAUAUAAACAAAUCUAUUGUUUACGGCUGUCAUACUUCAGUAGAAAAUGUUGAUUGUCAGUGUUCUUAAAAUACACAUUUCCCUUCUGUUUCGACAGGUUUUCUCUGAUGUGUUCACAUAUUGUAUGGCCCUAUCUUUUAGUGCAACUGUAGACUGUAGACAAAGGAAGUACUGUAGGGUUAAUGAUAGACAUUCAUUACUUUUUAUUGUUAGGGAUGAUAAAAAAAAAUGAAUGGUUAAUUCUGAUACAGAUCAAGAUUGUUACAACACUGCCAUUGUUGCAUUCCCAGUAUUUCGGUAUUGAAAACUGAUUCAGAAGUUUCUUUUGUCUUUAGCAUCAUAAUGCAAACCGUUUCAAUUAGCAUAAGGGCAAAAGGCUGCAUUCAAUUUCAAAACCUGAGCGUUUUGUCAUCCACAUCCAAAUUAUCCCAAGUAUCUGGCUGUGAAUAAUAUGGGUCACAUAAACUGUAAUUGCUGUGAAACAAGUGGCUUUAUCUCAGUACACUUAAAACGUUUUUGACCUAAAUCAUUUACUCACUUAAAGUGAGAUUUUAGGCAAAUUAGCAGGCUAAACUCAUAGUGAAAAUAAAAAUACAUUUACAUAUCUACUAGUACAGCUUUCUGCAGUGUCACGCAUUCUUAUUUCAUAUGUAGGAUACUCGUUCUCAGUAUUUACAAUAUGUAGUAGAUGUAAGGGGUGAGCACACUAGAUUUUGUGUUUGUAUUCUGCUGUUUUUAUUUAAGUUUGGUGAACUCUGGUUUGCAAAUCUGUAUAGUGGUGUUUGACCAUUAGAUGAUCUAAAUAUCACAGGCUGACCUGCUGCUAGUGGCACAGAAAUGGCACACUUCACCUUUAAGGUAAAGGAAUAGUUCAACCCAAAAUAAAAAUCUGUUAUCCAUUAUAUCACUUGCUC